AUGGGAAUUCAGAAGCAGGUUAUCAUUGUGGGAGCGGGACCUUCGGGUCUCAUCCUAGGUCUCCUACUCUCCAAACAAGGAAUCCAAGUCGAGCUGCUUGAUGCCGGUGCUGAACUGGACAAACAGCCUCGCGCAGCUCACUAUGCAUCCCCUGCCGCAUACGAGCUGGCGCGAGCCGGCGUUCUAGAAGAUGUCAAGGCACGCGGAUUCCUGCCCCAGAGCUUUGCAUGGAGAAAACUCGAUACAACUUUCGUCGCCGGCCUGAAUCAUGCAGCGCUGUCUCCAGACUAUCCGUACAAAAUGGUUGUUCUUCCUCUCGACCGACUAGGAAAGCUUCUCUACGAACACAUCCAGCGCCAACCAACGGCGGAGGUAAAGUGGUCUCACAAAGUUGUUCGAAUUGGCCAGGAUCAGGAAAAGGCAUGGGUCGAGAUUGAGACCCCGUCUGGUUUAAAGAGAUCUGAGGCGGACUAUGUCAUAGGUUGUGAUGGUGCCAGCAGCACCGUGCGACAGGAGCUGUUCGGGCCUGAGUAUCCAGGAGAGACGCUGAAUGCGCAGAUUAUUGCUACAAAUGUGUAUUAUGAUUUUGACCGCUACGGAUACUGGGACAGCAAUUUUAUCAUCCACCCAAAGAAUUGGUAUAUGGCGGCUCGCAUCACAACUGAUGGACUCUACCGCGUGUCAUAUGGAGAUACCCCAGGCCUUAGUCGCGAAGAAUAUCUUGCUCGCCAACCACAGAGAUACGAAGAAAUCCUGCCAGGCAAUCCGAAGCCGGGGGAAUAUCGCAUCACGAAUACGAGUCCCUACAAGAUGCAGCAACGAUGCGCGCCCAGUUUCCGCGUCGGUAGAGUUCUGCUCGCGGCAGAUGCGGCCCAUCUUUGUAACCCAUUUGGCGGUUUGGGAUUGACAGGUGGCAUCGCGGACGUGGGAAAUCUCUUCGAUGCGCUGAUGGGAAUCCAUAAGGACCUUGCCGACGACGCAAUCCUGGAUAAAUACAGCGAGGUACGCAAGCGCAUUUGGGCCGAGACGAUUGACCCAAUGUCCCGAGAGAACUUCCGGCGGCUGCAUGAUCAGGAUCCGGACAAGGCGCGGGAGAGCGAUGAGUUCUUCCAACUCUGUAUAAAGUCAGAGACUGAUAGUGAACUUGCCAAAGAGCUCGCUUUGGGACUGGAUGUGCUUCGCCACGACAUGACACAGUAUUAUACCAAAACGUAG